AUGAGUGAUAUCCCCGAAGUACGCCGCAAAAUGCAAAUAGCUCUGCUGUGGCCUGGAGAUGUCAAACCUGAGAAUUAUCGCGGUUCGGUUAUCGUGGAUUUGGGCAACACGAUCACCUAUCCUGGAAUCCGCCGUUUCUGGUCGAAGUCAAGACGCAGGGAGAGCUUUGCUAGUAUGGAUCGGUAUUUUACUGACUGGGAACAGUCCCAUCGAGACGGAAAACUUAUCGAGAAGUAUAGGAAUACGAUUCCUUAA